AUGGAACUAUCUAGACUUAGAACUGCAUACAUUCGUCAACUUCAAUUUUCUCCUGUACUUUACACUGAUUCGUGCUAUUUUAAUGGUGUAGAAUGUGCUGCAUUGACUAGUUCACCACUUGGACGUGAAUGUGAAAUUCUUGUUAUUCACGUUGAAUCUCAAGCAAGCGUAGUAUAUCUUGUGAACACAAUGACGAAUCUUCGAGCGAUGACAAUUUGUUUCAAAUAUGACGAAAACGAGAAUUUACCCUCAGCGAAAGCGGAAUUGAACGAGUGUAUACAAAAUUAUCUGCCAGCAAGAUGUUCCAUUAGCAAUUAUAUGCAUCAUGAAAAUUAUGCCAGGCUGCAAUUAUGGAUUGGUUAA